CACAAAAGUUAGAUAGAAACUGAAAUAGUACAAAUAAAUACAUAAUCUUUCUUGUACACACAUAGUAGUGUAGAACCACACCAACUUGAUACAAUAUAUAAUAAUACCAGAGAGUCACGUAUAUAGAACCACUCUACUGCCAUAUAAGAAUAUCACAGUAUGAGCGAGUAUUCUUACGAUGAUAGUGGUGACAACACCACCAUUUUCUUGCUGAGUGGACUGUGUCUAUACUUGGUGCCAGCCACAUACUUCCGCGUCGCUAAGUUCAUCACGACGCCCGAGGGGCCCGCGCGUGAUGGGUCACCCUUCUAUGAAUUCACACAGAAGAAGAAGUGCAAAGUGAUAGAGAGUAAAGAGCGCAAGUGGAGCAUCCAUGAUGUGCUGUUUGGCGUGGCGUGGUUGGCAACCAUUGUGUUGUUGUGGAAGGCGUCUGGUAUCACGGCUACCGUCCAGGAGGUCUGGAACCCCUAUGAGAUUCUUGGUCUUGAUGAAGGUGCCACGCCGAAGGAGAUCAAGAGUGCCUAUCGUAAACUGUCGCUGGUGAACCAUCCGGAUAAGAACCCCGAAAAUGAGACUAUUCACGAACUCUAUAUGGAAAUUGUCAAAGCUCAUCAGACUCUUACUGACGAUGCUGUGCGCGAGAACUGGGAGAAGUUUGGACAUCCUGAUGGCAAGCGUUCCACUGAGUAUGGUAUCGCUUUGCCCGAAUUCCUGAUUUCUGAUACCUACAAAUGGGUGGUUUUAGCUCUCUACUUCCUAGGUAUCAUGGUGUUCAUGCCGGUUGUGGUAGCCCAGUGGUGGUGGAAUUCCAAGCGAUACACUCGUGAUCGCAUCCUCCGACAGACCAUCAAUCUGUACUACCAGUUCCUCAGACCCCAGAUGACUACGGCGCAGAUCGUAGACGUAGUGACAGCGGCCGUUGAGUUCCAGGACGAAGUACCUCAGCGUGACACGGACAAAGAGCAGGUUGCUGCUCUUAUCAAGCUCAUUGGCGAGACCAAGUUAGAGGGCCAAGCGAACGAUCUCAUGGCCCGUUUCAGUGAAAACCAGGUUUUCGACGCGCCUUACUGCAUCAAGGCUCGGGCGCUGCUUACGGCACACAUGUUCCGCAUCACCGAUUUGCCCGCGGAAUUGCACGAGGAUCAACAGAUUAUUCUAAAUUUGGUGCCCAAUCUAAUUCAGGUGUGUGUUUGA